AUGGCUGAAGAGGCUGAGGCUGAGUUUUCCUGGGGCUGUCAUGCUUGCCGAGCUCGACAGAACUUACUUGGAGGAUCUGUGCAAGACAAGCAGAUUGGAGAUGUGGGCGUCAAGUUUCUGCUCUUCGAUCAGAAGGCGAAGCAACUGUAUCUCUGUCGCUACCAGAGGGAGGACGCAUUGUCGAAUUGCCAAACCUAUGUUCUCCGGAGGCUGGGGGAGUCUGACCGCUUGGAGAACCCCCGGCAACUUCUGUUACGUCCCGGACAUCCCAUGUUUGCAUCACUGGAGGUCAUCGCCGGCCGUGCCAGAGCUUGUGUUUGGAGUCUGGAGACGCAGAGCAUACCCGAGACUUAUUCGCUGGAGGUGACAAUUUCAGAUGCUGAGUCUGCAAGAGCGAUCAGUUGGGUCCAUGGCAUCACAAGCUUGAACAACCCAGCUUUGUGCCUCCUUCUUUCCACGCAAGUGCUCUUGGUUACGGUUGAGGGCAGUGGAGAAGCAGGAGGACUCGUCGGUCAGGAGUAUUUGCGACUGGAAGUCGGAUUUCCGUCUUCCUGCUUCUGUUGGUCAAAGGAUGCUUGCCAGCUGCUGGUGGGUGGAAGUGGUCAGAUUCUUUGCUUCUCGUGGGCAAAAGACAGCAGGAGCUUGGAGCAGCCGCUAUCCAAAGAUUUCCUCUGCGGCGGUGACUGCGUCGAGAUCCAUGCAUGGCAUUCGGCUUUUCUCUGUCGAGUCGAUCACAAGGAGAAGGCACCGGACAGCCGGGCUCAGACGGUUCCAGCCUUGAUGCUGCCAGGUGGUCAAACCUGUCACGCGCCAGCUCGCCCCGUCCUGGAGCCUCUCGUCCAAGAAGUGGAAGAGGAAAAGAGCGCGACCCUAGAGACGGCUGAAGGACGAGGUGGACUCUUAGCUGGGCUGGCCGGGAGCAGUCGGAGCUACGGUGGAGGCUCGGGCCUUGCAGGCCUCGGAGGUUUGCAGGUGGUGCCCUGUCAUCGUCAAUUGCUGCCGCUGUGCUUCGAACGGAGAACAGACGGCUUACAAUUACAUUGUGGGAACGAGCAAAGCAUAGAGGGUGAGCUCGUUGCUGUCGUCGAUGGCGACAAGCUUGGCGCAGCUUGCGUCGUCGUGGGGUCCUUCUGCAAUGCUGAGAUCUCUGUCUUCGGUCUGUUACCACCUCACCGCUGGCUGCCCACUUCCUGCAAGACGACUAGGACGACAUGUGGGAGUGAAGGCGAGUGGCGCAAGCUGUUCAGCGUGGACUUGUCGCCAACAGCCCCCAUGCGCCUUUCAGGUUUGGCGGUUUGGGGCGGUCUGGGAGAGCUGGAGGCGCACUGUCUCAUCUCCGAGAGAAGUGAGCCGGGUCCUGGAGCCAGCAUCGCGCGGGAGCUUUGGCACAAGUCUCGGAGACUGGCAGAGCAUUUCAUCGCCAGCCAGGACGAGGAGGACUGCCAGACAGAAGCCAAGGUUUAUGGCCCGGAGCAAAGCCAGGUCUUCCACAGGCUAGCAGAUGAUGUCGCGGGCAUCCGGCAAGAGAUGAAGGGCUUGCGCGAGUGCUUGGUGGAGUUCACGCACGACUUCAAGCGCAUGGUUGCAGCCGUCGAGACCUUGGCGAGAAGAUCGGUGCCGUUCCAGACCUUCCGGCUGUUCGAGUCUCCGAAGCAUCCCUCGCAGCCGAGUGAGCUGUUGUGGAUGACGAGACUUCGGAGAGCAGCUGUGCUUCUCAUGGCCCAGCGGUGCCAGAACUCGACAAAGCAACCUCGAGUUUGUCACCGAUGCAGAGCAAGAUCUGCCAAAGGCGGCUUGACCAGCAGUGCCAACGCCAAACCUACCAUUCCUGUUUCAAAGGCGAAGCCGACACCUGCUUCGCCCAUUCUCACUGGGUCUGGGCGCAAGAAGCCCUGGAGCAGUCCGCGUACUCCUCGGCAAUCCUUGCAGCUCCAAGAGAUGGCAUCAACUUGCGAAGACGCAGUGCGACGUAUCGACCAACUCAGCGCAGCUACUCAGCAGUUGCUGAAAGAGUUGGGCCUUAGCAGCGUCGGAGGCGUUGGCCGGAGUCCAAGCAGGACACGCCUGAAUUCCUUUGCCGACACGUGCUCAGUACCAACUCGGACUUUCAUCGGAGCAGCCCAAGAGCCCACUGUACAAUUGCCAUGUUUGCCUACGUACUCGCAGCCAGCCACAGCACGGAAUGUGGGGCAGCCUUCGCAGGUACCGGUUCGUGAUCCUGAGACAGAGCGCCAGCGCAUGUUCGGCCCUCCAAGCGUAGCCUUCCAGAGACUGGAGCAAAGUCUUGCUUCGUAUGUGCCGGCUCCUCUCAGCGCUGGCCGUGUGACCCUUGCUUGCGGACGCUGUCUUGACCUGCGUGAGUUGUUGCCUGCUUUCGCAAGUAACAUGGAUGCCAACACGGCUCAGAGGGAGCGCAUCGCAGAGGGGCUCGCCAGACGGCAGAUCAGCCAAGAGCUCCUCAAUGUGCACAAGCGUUUUGAUCCGACGGCAUCAGAGCUGACAUGGUCUCACGGCCGACUGCGGGACUUCGUGAAGGCAUGCUUCGCAGAGUUGGCAGUCGUGUCUCCCACAGACUCCCAGAUCUACAUGGUCUACACACACUUCGACCCAGAGCUGACGAUGAAACUAACAGCACUAGAGAGCAUAUCUCUCGUUGAAGUCUUGCUGCGUGCAUCCCUGGGCCCGGAGCCCAUGCCCGAUGACUCACAGCAUGGCUUCGACCAUCCGACGCUCUUGGCAGAGCAGUGGGUUUCACAGUACGUGCCCCUACCGGUAGAUGGGACCAUCAGCAUUGCCUAUUCGACGGGAGUAGUGAUCCAUUUUCCUGACUUCUCGGAGAUGCUUCAAGGCUUGGCGAAUCUGAACAAGCCGCAGCGGGGCAACAUACUCUACCGAAUAGCUAGCUGCGACCUCUUGAGGCAUGCAUUGCAGGUGUUCAAAAACUGCGAGGAUGGAACUGGAUACCUUACGUGGUCUGACCGCCGAAUAGAAGGCUUUGUCACAGAGGUCUUUGUCCAGGAGGGCUUAGUGCCUCCAACUGCGCAACAGGUUGCUGCUUUUUACGACAAGUUUGCAGAGCUGCAACCUCGACUCAACGCGAGUGAGUGCUUAUGCUUGGUGGAUGCCCUUUUUCGUGCUCUGCUGCAUGCCGGUACAGAUCGCCAAAGACCUACCGAUCCAGCUGGGCACCCUCACGUGGAAGCCUUCGUCGCGGAGGAGCCUACUUCUGGCUCUCCAGAUCCAGGCCAGCUCUUCGGAUGUCCACGGCCAGGGACGGAGCGCGAAAACCUUGCGACGGCAGCCUCCUUCACCGGGGAUGUCCGCGAACAGGAGCCCCUCACAGCGCAAGAGGAGCCUAAGCCCAUCACCGCUGCCAGAGCAUGGGUGGCCAGUGUGGCACAUAGCUUACCUUUCUUGGAGCCUCUCAGCGGCAGCCACCUUAGCUCCGCAGAGAAGUUUGCUGAGCUGGCCUUGCAAGUGUAUUUGGAGCAGCCUUCAGCAAUGCAGGGGAAGCUUUUCUACGCAGGGGAGCGGCAACAUGAGAUGGAGUCCUUUUUGAGCGCCCUCUUUCACAGAGCCAGCCUCUCUCUCUCGGGCCCUGGUCCACAUGGCCUGCAUCCGCCGCCCUCCAGUCUGGUCUCGACGGUCGCUGAGCAAAUCGAUCUGCAGGGAUCCGGUUUCCUCGAUGUCACCCAGUGCCUCCUCCUCUCCGACGCCUUGAUGCGCCUCGCGGAGAAGCCGAAGCCGUCGGAGAGAGAAGAGAAGCUCGGCCCCGGAAUGCACCGAAAGGGAGGACCCCAUCUGGGGCCCAUGAUGGGGCCCUUCUGCGCGGUCAGCGUGGCCGGCGCAGCGUCGCCACCGGUCCUGGAUGAGCGGACCCCGCAAGGAAUUCGCCAGCAUGCGCCUCCGGUUGACCAGGAGACCUUGCAACAGGUGGCUUCCAAGGCAUUUAUGACCUGUGAUCAAGGCGGACACGGCUAUCUAACCUGGUCCGAGGUGAGGAGCUUCAUCAGCAUGAUCUUCCGUGGCCUGGGACUGGUCAACCAUCUCACCGAGAGCGACAUAUACAAGCUGUAUGCUCGAUUUGAUGAGGACCACACUGCGAGGCUGGGAAUGGACCAAUGCCUGCGCCUAGCUCGAGUACUGAAGAGUGCUCAGAAUUUCCCUGUAGGUCGCAGCCGUAUUUUCUACAAGAGCCGACCAGCAAAACAGCUGUGCCAGCAGCAUUUCAAGAUCCGGGGGUUCCGGCCGAGCAACUUUGCAACACCGGCAGUUAUCGACGACGGAACUGCAGCCGUCUUCUUGCAGCAGUAUUUCAGCCUCGUCAAGUCGCACUGCGAGACGCGCUUGGUUAACAAGAAAUCGGCCAUGAGAGAAUUGAACGGCAAGCUGUUUCCGCUCAUCGUCGAGGCUUUCCAUCGUCACGACAGGGAUGGUGACGGAGUACUGAACAAGCAGGAGGCGCACAUUUUGUUCACCCUCUUCGUAUCCGACAGGCUGGGCUUCAGUGAUGCGGCGCGCGCGAUGAUCUAUCAGCAGACUGGGGACUCCGAGAAGGCAGCUGACCGGGUGGCGCAGUACAGCAAAUUCAAGGAAAUGUACAACAAACGAGCGUUCCAGGCUUUUGUUUCAGACGAGGAUGGCUACAUGCAGCUCCACGAAGUCCUUACCACGCUGUCUUUGCACACCGACAAGCACAUGGCUUUGUUCAAGGCAUUCGGACUUCAGGAAGCGGACGAAGAAACGGAAGAAUCCUACUAUGCGGAUCACUACGCGUGA